UCGAGACUUUAUUUACAGCUAGUCGGCCCACUUGUUGUUGCUGCUGCUAGCUGGGACUCUGUCCGGUUAGUUAUUCAUCUAGCAGGCAGUUUGCGGUUGCUGACUUCAUAUUCACUUCCUUUACGUAACUAUUCCAGCAGAAGUCAGCUGACGAGGAGAAAACAUAACCCAGAUAAGAUGUCCAUGGACAACAGAAAGAGGCCAGCUGGUUCCUCCAACUCUGGCAACCUGGUGUACUGGUCCUCGUCGUUUCCGCGGCAACCAGCAAGGGUCCUGAUCGUGGAGGCGCUGCCACCCUGGUGGUCGCAGACCUGUCCGGUGCUCUGUGAUGCUCUGGAUAACUUCCUGUCCCUGGCCUGUAGUCUGGAUGGACCCUGUAGGAUACCACUACUCAGCCUGUACGCCAUCAGCCGGCAGCAGGAGUGUCUACUGCCUUUUGUGCAAGUCCGUGGUAACCUGGCCCGGCUGUGCUCCUGUGUGGAGGAGCUAAGGACUCUUCCAGGUGAAGGUUGCAUCAGAGGAGCAGCCAGAGGAGGCGAGCUGCUGCGUCAGGCAGUGCUGGACAGUCUGCAGCAGUUUAAACAGUACAUCAGACAUACCAGCACUGGCAGCCAGGCCAGCAACAAUAUAUCUGUGGAGGUUACCGUGGUGACCAGUCAGCCGGGGCGGGGCGUCGUUCGCCAUCUGGAGGCGGGGCUCAAAGGCGCUGACCUGGUGUCGCUGAAGCGGCUGCUGGUGGUUCAGAUCUGCAGUGCGGCAGACUGGGGCCAAGACAACCACUCGCCUGAAGCCGGGCACGCUGAGACUGACGACUCCCUGAUGUUGGGGACCGAGGUCGACCUGCAGCGGGUGGAGAACAGCGUGUUCACCAUGGAGACGGUGUUGAAGGCGUGGCUUCAAGAGCAGGGCGGAGACAGAGAGCACGUCCACCUCCUGCUGCCCAACCCCUUGGAUAAUCCCAUUCCAGUGUGUGUGAAGUGUGACAUGCAGGAGCGACUGAUAAGCCCCGCCCUCAUCCCCCUGAGCCCUAACCUGGGAGUGAAGACCGAGAGCAUCCGGGACUUCCUGCCUCUCGCGAAGGGAUUAGCCAAUCAGGGCCAGCCGCCACGGAAACUGAAAGCAAUCAAGACUCUGCGUGCAGACGGAGUGUGUGAGAGUGUGCUGUACGGCCUGCCGCUGGUGCUCCGCCCCACCACCUGCUGGCAGCUGGACUGGGAUGAAAUGGAGACCAACCACAACCUGUUCCACGCUCUCUGCCACACUCUCAGGAGCCGUGACUUGUUCCUGCUGCUUCACGUGGAGCCUGCACAGAGGUCUACGGCUGGAGGCUCAGGUGUGUGUUCCCACUACGUCCUCCAGCCGUCCCCGUCCCUCUCCCUCCUGCUGAAGCCUGUGGUCUCCAGAGAGUUGCUGCUGCCCUGCUCUCUGCCCGUCUCCACUCAGGAGCCUGCACCCGAUGCCGUGCACACGAUACAGGAUUGUCUCACUCAGCUGGACGAGGAGUGUGUGUUCAACCCUCUCUCUCUGAGCAGUAACCUGUACCAGCACCUGAGGAGCAGAGGCCUGCUCUCACAGCCUCGAUACCCAUACAGGCUGCAGCCAGCAACCGCCCACAGAGACCAGUCUCAACCACUAGAGGGCCCUAAAGCCACAGGCAGCAGGCUGCCGCGGCAGCCACAAAGCCAUGGCCGCCAACUGGGAAUGAACAGCAAGGCCAGGGCCACUGUGGCUCCCCUGCCCUCUUCCUCCUCCCACUCCUCCUCCUCGCUGGGACCUCCUCCUGUCAAGGCUUCUCGUCCGGCUCUGAAGCUCCUCAGCAGCAGCAGUGGAAGCCGUCGGGCCCCGGCCCCGACUCGACAGGAGGAAGACAAUGGUGAAGAUGACUCCAUGGUGAUGCAGUAAAAAAGUGGACUGAGGGAGCAAUACUGUGACAAUGAGGUGCCAAAGAGAGAGAGAGAGAGAGAGAGAGAGGCAGUGUGGCGCAUCCUCAACAAGUCAUUUAACACACACACACACACACACAUUUAUAAAUCCCCCAGCAUCCUGACCUGCCACUUCAAAGGGCUUUUCCAGUGAACGACAUAUACUGCAUAGUCAGCACACACACACACACACACACACACACACACACACAGACACACAUACACACACAUUUUGGCUAAUCGGUCCCCAUUGUAAAGUUUGUGAGCAAUCAAGCAGCUCAUAAAGACUUUCAAGGCUUUGUAAAGGAGGGAAGAACACCCUAAUUUGCACAUAAACACAUAAACACACACACUAUUCUGCAGUGAACUCUGAUUGGUUACAGCUUAUUUUGGCACUUCAAAUCAUCUCUAUUCUUUCUCACCACACAAACGCUAUUAGCUAGAUCUGAAUUUAACAACCCUCUGUGUGUGUGUGAGAAGGAGGAAAGUUUAGACUUGUGCCACCUUUUAGACUGCUGAGGCAGCAAAACUUCCAAAUCACACACACACACACACACACACACACACACACACACCGUGAGCAAUGAAAAGGGUGGGAGAAAAGAUGAAAAGACGGGAAAAAGCAGGACAAUGGAAGUCUAAAAAUUGAGGGAAGGAACAGAGAGUAAAAAGAACAAACGGUGGGUAGUGAGGAAGAUCAGAGGGAGGUUAAAGGAUGUAUUCAAAGUAUUUUCUUCAUGUUGGGAGCACACAGAAACAUACAUCAUUAUGAUUCAUAAUAAUAAAGCAGACAUACUGCAGCCGUAGUACCGACCGACCGUGGGGACAAAAACACACAUAUGCACAUUCCAUUUCCAUUUGGCCCUUAAGCCGCGGUCUGAACACAGCCUCACUGUUAAUGAGACAGAGGGUAAAGCUGCAGACAGAGGGGCCUCUCUGCUCCCCUUCACCCCCACAGCGCGCUCUCUUGC